UCUGGGGACCCAAGGAGGCGCAAUGAGCGGCGCCUGCUCGAGCUACGUGAGCGCGGAGCAGGAGGUGGUGCGCGGCUUCAGCUGCCCGCUGCCGGGGGGCGAGGCGGCUGCGGUCUUCUGCUGCGGCUUCCGAGACCACAAGUACUGCUGCGACGACCCGCACAGCUUCUUCCCCUACGAGCACAGCUACAUGUGGUGGCUCAGCAUCGGAGCUCUUGUGGGCCUCUCCACGGCAGCCGUGGUCCUCCUGGCCUUCAUCGUCACUGCCUGUGUGCUCUGCUGCCUGUUCAUCAGCUCAAAACCUCACACCAAGCUGGACCCCGGCUUAAGUUUAGAGACAACAGGCUCCAAGGAGAUGUCACCUGACCACCAACAUUUGAACACAGUAAUCACGAUGGAGGAGCCAGGGAUAAGCCGUCCCAGGCAAAGUUACUCCUUGAACCCGCAUCUGGAAAGCAAUGAGAGGCAGACCGUGGGCCCCAGCUGUCUCCUCCAGCACCACUUCAUGGCCACAGUGGCCACUAGCCACAUUCCAGGCAGCCCCGAAGGGGCCUCAGUCCCCACUUCUGACUCAUAUGGGCCAGCGCCAUGAACAUCCAAUAAACG